AUGACUUCCUACUACCCUUCGCACCAUUCCCCACAUUCACCUCAACCUUUACGAUUGCGACAGAGUUCGGAAAAGAUGAGCAUCACACAAACAUUUUAUCUCGCCCACAAGGCCCGAGGCAAGCUCUCAUCGGAGGCUUCACGACAAGACCACAACUUGCGUCUGCUAGUUGGGCACGCAAACCUUCUGGACACAUUAAUGAUCCACUUGUCCGAGGCGGAGAGGGAUCAAGAAAGGUGGUUCAACGCCGUGGUUCAAGGAAACGAAGAGUCGCGAGAAUACCGAGAUCUACCAGAGACAAUCGAGGAGGAGCCAGAGGAGUAUGGAUCGUUGGCAGCAGAUUACGAUUCGGAUUCAGACUCGAGCGAAGAAUCAGGCGACGAAGAGAUGGAGGACGUCGACGCUACAUAUACCCUUACCCGGGAACCAUCGUACAAAUACUACCAAACACAGGAGACCAUCAUCGGUGUAUCAGAGGUUGAGGAAGACUACCAAGAGGGCGAAGAGACAGAGGACGAGGAUGAUGUUGAUGAGGAUGGCAUGUUUUCUCUUACACGAACAAGAUCGAGACGACCACCAUCACUUUGCUCCGACUACUCCGAUGACGAGGAGGAUGAGUCGAAUCCACCAUCACCACCACAACCGACAAUCCAACAUCCCCCACUGUCGCACAAACAACAUUUAUACUUUUCCGAGCACCUUGGCUCGGAACCUCAGGAUCUAUUCGAAUACUACGAACCUCAAAGAACACCUGGGAUGAUAAGCUCAUAUUAGGCGGGGUAGUUGGGGUUUCCUUUUUCUCCCUUUCACUUCUCAUUUGUACAGAUUUUUUUUUAUGGGUAGGAUAUAUCUUAUCAGUUUAUGAGCGGGGAUUUGUCUUUUUUUUUUUUUUUUUUUCAAUAUGACCAGCCGGCGUUGUUUCUUUCUUGGAUUGUCUAUAUUUUUUCCUCAACCAUCUCUCUCACUGUGUUAUUAAGCCGCCUCUUGCAUACAACUCCCUUCACCCCGUACAGUUUCAUUUCAUCAUUAGCGUUUGUUUCUGUGUCUUUUUGUUGGGUGAUUGAUACAUUGCAUUGGGCGGGGUCUUCCCUUUUUUCUUUUCUCCUUCCUAUGAUAUAACAUUCGUCAUCUUUUCCCCUUUUUGUUUUUUCAUCAAGGGAAAUCAUGGUGUCAUCGGGUAUAUUUUUCAUGUCAUGUUUAUCCUACUCUUUACAGAAUUUCCUCUUUUCCCUACAAGAGGAGAUCCCAUCCCCAUCCAUGGCUAGCAUGGAUGGUGGAGAGAAGACAAAAAAAAGGGUCCAAGAUGAAAAAUAAAUUAGUUAGAAGGCUUUUUUUCUUCUCCCAA